AUGUCAAUGCAGAGGAUUGUGCGCGUGUCCCUGGAGCAUCCCACCAGCGCCGUGUGUGUGGCUGGCGUGGAGACCCUCGUGGACAUUUAUGGGUCAGUACCUGAGGGCACAGAGAUGUUCGAGGUCUACGGGACCCCCGGCGUGGACAUCUACAUCUCUCCUAGCCUGGAGAGGGAUCGGGAGCGUGCAGACACCAGGCGGUGGCACUUUGACACGGGGCUGGAGAUCAUCGUGGUCAUGAACUCGCCCAGCAAUGACCUCAAUGACAGUCAUGUUCAGAUUUCCUACCACUCCAGCCAUCAAUCCCUUCCCCUGGCCUAUGCAGUGCUCUACCUCACCUGUGUCGACAUCGCUCUGGAUUGUGACCUGAACUGUGAGGGCAGAGAGAACAGGAGCUUUGUGGACAAGCGGCAGUGGGUCUGGGGGCCCGGUGGGUACGGAGCCAUCUUGCUGGUGAACUGUGACAGGGACGAUCGGAACAGUUACCACCAGGACAACUGUGACCAGCACGUGCAGUGCCUGCAAGACCUGGAAGACAUGUCAGUCAUGGUCCUGCGGACCCAAGGCCCCGCCGCCCUCUUCGACGACCACAAACUUAUCCUCCACACCUCCAGCUAUGACGCCAAGUGGGCUCGGGUCUUCCACGCCUGUGGUCCCGAGGACUCGUGUGAAGCCUAUAGGCACGUGCUGGGCCAGAACAAGGUGUCGUACGAGGUGCCCCGUUUCCAAGGCGAUGAGGAGCGCUUCUUUGUGGAGGGUCUCUCGUUCCCUGACGCCAGCUUCACGGGGCUCGUGUCCUUCCACGUCACCCUGCUGGACGACUCCAACGAGGAUUUCUCCGAGGCCCCAAUCCUCACCGACACCGUGGUGUUCCGCGUGGCGCCCUGGAUUAUGACACCCAGCACCCUGCCGCCCUUGGAGGUAUACGUGUGCCGUGUGAGGAACAACACGUGUUUUGUGGACGCGGUGGCGGAGCUGGCCCGGGAGGCGGGCUGUAAGCUGACUGUCUGCCCGCAGGCUGAGAACCGUAAUGACCGCUGGAUCCAGGACGAGAUGGAGCUGGGCUACGUCCAGGCGCCACACAAGACCUUCCCCGUGGUCUUCGACUCCCCCAGGAACGGAGAGCUGCAGGACUUCCCUUACAAAAGGAUCCUGGGUCCAGAUUUCGGCUACGUGACUCGGGAGCCACAAGACAGGUCCGUGAGCGGCCUGGACUCCUUCGGGAACCUGGAGGUCAGCCCCCCAGUGGUGGCCAAUGGGAAAGAGUACCCCUUGGGGAGGAUUCUCAUCGGGGGCAACCUGCCAGGGUCCAGAGGCCGCCGGGUCACGCAGGUGGUCCGGGACUUCCUCUAUGCGCAGAGGGUGCAGUCCCCUGUGGAGCUAUUUGUGGACUGGUUGGCCGUGGGCCACGUGGAUGAGUUUCUGAGCUUCGUCCCAGCCCCCGAUGGGAAGGGCUUCCGGAUGCUUCUGGCCAGUCCUAGUGCCUGCUUCAAGCUCUUCCAGGAAAACCAGAAGUGGGGCCACGGCAGGGCCCUCCUGUUCAAAGGCGUCGUUGGUGAUAAGCAGGUCAACACCGUCUCCAUCAACCAGGUCCUCUCCAAUGUAAACCUCAUCAGCUACAAUAAGUUUGUGCAGAGCUGCAUCGACUGGAACCGGGAGGUGCUGAAGCGGGAGCUGGGCCUGACCGAGCAAGACAUCGUGGACAUCCCCCAGCUCUUCAAGACUGAGAGGAGAAAGGCAGUGGCCUUCUUCCCUGACUUGGUGAACAUGCUGGUGCUGGGCAAGCACCUGGGCAUCCCUAAGCCCUUCGGGCCCAUCAUCAACGGCCGCUGCUGCCUGGAGGAGAAGGUGCGGUCCCUGCUGGAGCCGCUGGGCCUCCACUGCACCUUCAUCGACGACUUCACCCCGUACCACAUGCUGCACGGGGAGGUGCACUGCGGCACCAACGUGCGCCGGCAGCCCUUCUCCUUCAAGUGGUGGAACAUGGUGCCCUGAGCCCAUCCCCCCCCCAUUGUCUUCUCCCCCUGGGGCGGGACAUCGGUGGGACCCUGAACAUGAAGCAUCAAGACACCCCAAGGCUCCAGAUAGCACACUGAGGGUGACUGCCUCUCUCAGAAGCCUUUUCCCUGGAAGUGUUCACACCUCACUUGUAACCCAUUUGGUUUUCAGGCCUGAUUCUUGUGGGCCUCUCCAGAAGAAAGUCGUCAUUUCUUGAAAGCCUCUCAUGUGGCUCAACAGAACCCAUGGGGACUCCUCCAAACGUACCCCUUCUCACCCCCAAAUCCUCUGUUUGAGAUCCAAUUUACCUUGGGGUCUAGAAACAUCCAUGGGUCUCCUCUGCCAUCUUGACCUGUGUGUCCUAAGGGAGGAAGGACCCACAAUUCUGCUUUGGUGUGAUUUGCCUUUUACUCUGCAGGGGAGCACCCCUAAAGUCAGAUCCCUCCACCCAGGAGAGAGUCUACCCAUAGCUUCCCCCAGAGGGAAGGAGGUGGGGCCCACUUAGAUCAAGGUUGGAUCAUCAGUCUACCUGCCAAGCUUCUGACCAGAUGCUGAGCUCUACACGCAGUGCCCAACGUGAGCAUUCACAUAGCUGGUCCUUUCCGGAUGUGUGUUGAAGGAAUGCUUGUCAGCCCUUAGCCUUAUAAGUGCCCCACCAUCUGAAUUCAGAAAUCUGGCUUUGUCCAAAAACCUCCUGGAAUUUCUUGGAAAUGAGAGAAUGUGUCAGGGGCACCUGGCUGGCUUAGUCUGUGGAGCGUGUGACUCUUGAUCUU